AUGAAUCCAGACGCAGAAAAGGUCAGCUACAGCCUCUUCUCCUGUAUCGGAACCGGUUUCGCGGCCAUUGCCCUCGGGGCACAGCUCAAACGGUGGUAUGGAAUCGAGGACAUCCAGUUCUUUGAGCGUCACAGCUCGCUCGGCGGGACAUGGUUCAUAAACAAGUAUCCAGGCUGCGCCUGUGACGUUCCGAGCGCGCUGUACAGCAUCUCCUUCGCGCCGAACCCCGACUGGACCAAGGUCAUGCCCUCUCACUCUGAGCUCUGGGAGUACCUCGACAAGAUGGCCUUCGACUCGCCCGUCGAGCGCUGCGAGUGGAUCGAGGACCGAUCCCGCUGGCGGCUGACCAUCCGCCACCGCCAGUCGGACACCACCUACUACCACGAGUCGCAGUUCCUGUUUGCCGCCACCGGCUGCCUCGUCACCCCCCGCGAGAUCGACGUGCCGGGCGUGGAGACUUUCAGGGGCGAGGUCGUGCACACGGGCAAGUGGCGCCCGAUCGACCUCAAAGGGAAGAAGGUCGUCAUGUUUGGCAACGGGUGUACGGCUUCCCAGGUCGUGCCGGCCAUCGUCCACAAGACGAAGAGCUUGACCCAGGUUGUGCGGACAAAGCACUGGAUCAUGCCGUCCCUCGACGCCGACGUCCCGCCGUGGGUGCGUCUGGUUCUCAAAUGGGUGCCCGCCGUGGCGUGGCUCCAGCGGCUCAUGAUCUUCUGCGUCGCGGAAAACUCAUUUCGAGGUUUCCGCAUGACGGACGGGGGCAAGAAGUUCAGGGCCAGCCAGAGGAAGGUGUCGGAGGACUACAUGAGGGCCGCGGCGGCGAGACUCUCGGGGAAGAGGGGGCGCCCAAACUCCGUCACGGGACACACGUCCACCGUCAUGGCUCUGGAAAACUGCAUCAACUACGCCUUGCGUGUUAUUAAGCCUAUCCUGAAAGGACGGUCGACCGCCGCGGUGAUCAAGAGCGAUGCCGAGCAACGCUACGUCGAUGACAUCCAAGACGCCCUGCAGAAGACGGUAUGGAACACGGGAUGCGGCGCUUGGUACACCAAGACCUCCAGGGACGGCACCAAGAGAUGGAACGCGAUGGGUUACCCGUACUCUCAGCCGCACUUCUGGUAUCGCUGUCUCUUCCCCGUCUGGUCGGACUGGCAAUACAGUGGACGAGCCGCUUAUGCUUCGCAGAUUCAUACCAAAGGUUCUGGCGUCUGGAUCACGGCGUUACUGGUUGCCAUCGUAACCCUCGCCGUCCUGGGCUUUCUCGGGAGAGACUGGCUUCGUGGGAUCGUGCCAGACCUGUCGGCGGCAACUCGAGGUUCUGCUGCGUUUGUGCCUAAUUAUCUGUGA